AUGAGAAGAUGUGGUCUAACACCAGCUUUGACUGUCUUCGUCGCUCACCCUCCAACAUCAAGCUACGAAGAAGAAGUCGAAGCUUUCUAUAUGAAAUUCAAAAAAGCUAUCACUAACUGGUAUCUCUUCGCUACGCUAGCCGGCUUUUGGGAAGAUUUCGCAUUGGACAACAUCGACGACUGGCUCGUUGAACACCUUCACGACUGCACGAAGAAGGCUGAGAGUUUUAAAACCACCAAGAGACGCCAGUCUCCGGAAACUCUUGAGCUGAUACACCAGCGUGGAGCAGCACGAGCUGCAGGGAACCAAGAACUCACGUCCGAGCUCGCAAGAUUUUGCAGAGAGACGAUAAAGGAAGACCUUAAAGAGAGAAGAGCAGAAGUGUUGGUUAAAUCUGCAGAGGCGAAAAAAAGCAACCGUUAUGCCCGUCGCCAGUCGCAAGAUAUGGAUGACUGCUCUCCGAAAAAUGAAGAGAACAACCAUUCCAUCUAG